AUGCGUCUCCCCCCGUUGGCAGCCUUCCCCAAGGCCUCGUGGCAGCAACAGCUUCCGCCUCAGGAAUGGGACUCCCUUGUGCAGGCGUGGGUAGCGCUCUGCAGAGCCUAUCUAGACCUCUCCGACGACGACUUCAAAAGGCAGACUGAAUCGCACGCCUCCCUUGUUACAUUCUCAUCGACGUUUGUGCAUGAAGUUGUCGCGGCGCCUUUGAUGCCAAAGUCGACAUUGCUCCUCCGGCCCGUGUUCCACCUGAUUUCGCGGCUUUUAAGACUCUUAGCUCCUCCAGUUCUAUUGGAAUAUUCAUUCCUCGCGGAUUUUGCCAGGAUAUAUCCCAAAAAACGCACCUCUCCGCUCAUCGCAGGCCUCUUCAGCACUCACUCGAGUAGUACACUCAUUGAAGCCUCUCUCACGACUCUCAAGAAACUGCUCAUUCCAAUCCUCGACUCCGGCAUCAAAGGGGAUCUGAAAUUAGUGGAGGCUAAGCUUGUCUCGCUUAGCCCGUUGUUACACGUAUCACCACACUCGUGUAUACAGUUACUGGCUGGAUCAGAUUUCUUCGAAGGACUGGUGACGUGCUUUAAGGUUAUGAAUCCGCCGUUGAGAAAGGCCAUUGUCACAACCACGUAUCUAUGCGUAGUUGGGCUGACAGAAGCGGAACCGCCAAAGUGGUCGAUGCUGAGUGACCAGUUGUUUACGCUGAAGACUGUUGCCGAGGAGCACAGGAUGGGACCACUGAAUGCAAACGACUCGCUUGUGGCGGAACUGGUUACCGCGACGCCAUUGUUGAAGGUCCUGCUGAGGAGGGCUGAGGAACGUGGUGCUGCUACGGAGAGCUUAAAGAAGCGGAUUACUGCGUUGGAGCCCUUUAAAAAAGGACCGAUGGCAAGGCCAAAGCGGCCUAGCAGGAGGAAGGUUGAUAAAGGUAAGGGGAGGCAGACAAAUGAAGAUGUGCGGGCUGAAAUGCAUGUCCAUCACAUGAGUCAAAUAACUCAUGUUCAAGACUUGUUCCCCGACCUUGGAGCUGGGUUUGUGUCCAAGUGUCUGGAUGAGUACAAGGAUGAUGUGGAACUGGUCGUGGCGAAUCUACUUUCGCAAUCACUGCCGCCUCACUUGGCUACAGCGGACAGGAGCGAACCAUUAUCGCCUCACCAAGACAUUCCCCAUCACUCAAACCUGGCGCCUCGAUCUACACCACCGCAGGUUCCAACUAGACGGAACGUCUUUGACGAUGACGAAUUCGACCGCCUCAGCGCUGACGAGUCCAAAAUUUCAUUCGGCAAGAAGCCGCAGAAAAACGCUGAUGAACUCCUAAAAGACAAAUCCACAGCGCCAAACAAGGCUGCCAUUCUGUCUGCUCUUGCAUCAUUUGACUCCGAUGAUGACGAGCGCGAUGACACAUAUGAUGCAGCUGAUGUAGGCGGCACUGUGGACACGAUGAACCAAGAAGCGGAUGGUGUAGAUGAUGGAAAUGAAGAAAUCCUUUUCCGAGCAUAUCAUUCGGACGAGAAGGUGUUUGGCCGAGAUGUUGGCACAAGAAGGGGCAACGCGCGAACGAAACUGAGGGAAGAAACCGGUAUGACGGAUGAAGCUAUAGAGGGAUGGGCAGUCAUGCUGGCACGAAAUCCUCAGCAAAAGAAGAGACUAGACGCCAAGUAUGCUUUUGCAGGGCAACAGGUCCGACUCGAGCGCACGGCCUGGAGAGCCAGUCCAGCAGAGCCGGCAACUGAAGAUAGUGACAUUGAUGGCGGAGGAGGCAGAGGUGGACGCGGACGCGGAGGAGGGCGAGGACGAGGGAACCGCGGCGGCAACGUUGCUGGACCGACUGGUGAGAAAGAAACUGAAGCGGCGAGGAGAAACAAAGAGGCACAUAAGGGGUCUCGAGCGAAUCAUAACAGGAGGGAUGCCCGAGCAAAGAAGAUGGCUCGCGGUGGUUUUGCUGGCUGA